UAUAUCUUCUAUCACUUAUAUUAGGUUUUUUAGAGGCAAAAAAACGAUGGAUAUGAACAACACAAUACAUAUGGAAAAUAGAGAACAAAAUGGAUAUAAUGUUCAGCAGAUUCCUUCAUAUCAUCAGAAUUUAGUACAUAAUCAUCAGUAUUGUCCAUAUUCAAAAGGGAAUAGUAUCAUCUCUAUCGAUGAAUUAGCAGAAUUAAAUCUUAAUUCAUCAGUUAAUCCAGUUGCUCAUGAUAUUGGGAUUUCCCCUGAUACGCAAUUUUUAGUUUGCCAUAACUCUAAUCUUUCAUAUACUAGUGAUUUUUAUUCUAUAGAUGUUGGACCUAUGGCAAUUGAAAAUCCUAGACCUAUUCAAAGUAUCAGUAUGCCAGCUACAAUGGAUGAUUAUCAAUCUUCUCAGAUUUAUUCUAAUGAUUCCUUUAAAUUGUUUUUUGACACAAAUUCUAAAAAUACAAUUUGCAAGAAAAUGAAUGAUUCAGCUGUUUUUGUUGAAAUGCCUUUUAUGUCUUUUAAUGUUUUUGAUGAUAAAAAGCUUUUGGAAAAAUAUAGAAAACGUCGUGAGAAUCAUAAUGCAGUUGAACGUCGUCGAAGAGAUAAUAUUAAUGAAAAAAUACAAGAACUUGCUGCUCUUAUUUCAAAAAAUCCUUUCAAAGAUAAAAUAAAAUUAGAUACGGAUACAAAGGAUAAAGGUUAUAAUGAUUUUAAACUAAAUAAAGGCGAAAUCUUGCGGCAAUCUGUUAAUUACAUUCAAUCUUUGCAAAAUUAUAUUAAUGAAUUAAAUUCUCGAUCUAAAUUGCUUGAAAACGAAAUUAUUAGGCUUGGUGGUGAUAUAAACUUUACAAAUAAGAUAAAAUCUGUUUCUUCUAUUCCUUUAAACAUCAAAAAUACCACUUCUAAUGAUUGUGAUGAUAAUAGUUUUACCAGUAUUCCCUCUAAAAACGAUUCUUGUGAUGAAUUAGAUAUGGAUUAUUAGUUAUUAUUUUUUAUUAUAUAGCACAAUUUAAAUUAAAUACAAUU